AUGGACUGCGCGGGGCGAGCUGAGGCGGCGGCCGAGCAGCUGCAGCUCUACCGAAGGGACCCCGAGGGCUGGCGGGGCUGCCGCAGCACGGGUGAGGUCGCGGUGUCCUGGAGACCCUCGGCGGAGUUCGCUGGCAAUCUGUACAAGGGACAGGGCAUCCUGCCCGCCAGCCCGCAGAAUGUCUGGGAGUGCAUAAAGCCGGUGGCCGGCGGGCUCAGGACCAAGUGGGACCAAAACGUGAAGGACUUUGAGGUUAUCGAAGCCAUCAGUGAUACUGUCUCUGUAUGCAGAACCACAACCCCUUCAGCUUGCAUGAGGAUUAUUUCACCAAGGGAAUUUGUGGAUGUAGUAGUAAUGAAGCAAUACGAAGAUGGGACCAUGCUGUCUGCUGCCAACAAUGUGGAACACCCACUGUGUCCUCCUCAACCAAAUUUCGUGAGAGGUUUUAAUUAUCCAUGUGGCUGCUUCUGCAUACCUGUUCCAGGGGAGCCAGACAGGACUGAGCUCCUCACUUUCUUUCAGACGGAUCUUGGUGGCUAUCUUCCCCAGACAGUGGUGGAUUCCUUUUUUCCAUCUAGCAUAUCUGGAUUUUACAGCAACCUGACCAAAGCUGUUAAGGCAUUAAAAGCAUGA